CCCUGGCGGCGGAUUUUCCGAGUAGCGCGCGCGCGCAGCGGCCCCGCGCCCCCAGCCAAGGCGCCAUGGAGCGGCCGGCGCCCCUAGCCGUGCUACCCUUCUCGGAUCCUGCGCACGCGCUAAGCCUGCUGCGCGGCCUGAGCCAGCUCCGCGCCGAGCGCAAGUUCCUGGACGUGACCCUGGAGGCAGCGGGAGGGCGCGACUUCCCGGCGCACCGCGCCGUGCUGGCGGCCGCCAGCCCCUACUUCCGCGCCAUGUUCGCCGGGCAGCUGCGCGAGAGCCGCGCCGAGCGGGUGCGCCUGCAUGGCGUGCCGCCCGACAUGCUGCAGCUGCUGCUCGACUUCAGCUACACGGGCCGCGUGGCGGUGAGCGGCGACAACGCUGAGCCGCUGCUGCGCGCCGCCGACCUGCUGCAGUUCCCGGCCGUGAAGGAGGCGUGCGGCGCCUUCCUACAGCAGCAGCUCGACCUGACCAACUGCCUGGACAUGCAGGACUUCGCCGAGGCCUUCAGCUGCGCGGGGCUGGCGAGCGCGGCGCAGCGCUUCAUCCUGCGCCACGUGGGCGAGCUGGGCGCCGAGCAGCUGGAGCGGCUGCCCCUGGCGCGGCUGCUGCGCUACCUGCGCGACGACGGGCUGUGCGUGCCCAAGGAGGAGGCCGCCUACCAGCUGGCGCUGCGCUGGGUGCGCGCCGACCCGCCGCGGCGCGCCGCGCACUGGCCGCAGCUGCUCGAGGCCGUGCGCCUGCCUUUCGUGCGCCGCUUCUACCUGCUGGCGCACGUCGAGGCCGAGCCGCUGGUGGCCCGCUGCCCGCCCUGCCUGCGCCUACUGCGCGAGGCGCGCGACUUCCAGGCAGCGCGUUACGACCGCCACGACCGCGGGCCCUGUCCCCGGAUGCGCCCGCGCCCCUCAACCGGCCUCGCGGAGAUCCUCGUGCUGGUGGGCGGUUGCGACCAGGAUUGCGACGAGCUGGUCACCGUCGACUGCUACAAUCCACAGACGGGCCAGUGGCGCUACUUGGCCGAGUUCCCCGACCACCUGGGCGGGGGCUACAGCAUCGUGGCGCUGGGCAACGACAUCUACGUGACGGGCGGGUCCGAUGGCUCCCGGCUCUACGACUGCGUGUGGAGGUACAACUCAAGCGUGAACGAGUGGACGGAGGUGGCGCCCAUGCUGAAGGCCCGGGAGUACCACAGCUCCUCCGUGCUGGAUGGGCUGCUGUACGUGGUGGCCGCAGACAGCACGGAGCGCUACGACCACACCACUGACUCCUGGGAGGCCUUGCAGCCCAUGACCUACCCCAUGGACAAUUGUUCCACCACGGCCUGCCGAGGCCGGCUCUACGCCAUCGGCUCCCUGGCCGGCAAAGAGACCAUGGUGAUGCAGUGCUACAACCCAGACAUGGACCUAUGGUCGCUGGUGGACUGUGGUCAGCUCCCACCCUGGUCCUUUGCCCCCAAGACAGUGACUCUGAAUGGACUCAUGUACUUCAUCAGGGACGACUCUGCUGAGGUGGACGUAUAUAACCCCACCAAGAACGAAUGGGAUAAGAUCCCAUCGAUGAAUCAGGUGCAUGUAGGGGGCAGCCUGGCCGUCCUUGGAGGGAAGCUCUACGUCUCUGGGGGCUACGACAAUACCUUUGAACUCUCCGACGUGGUGGAGGCCUACGACCCAGAGACCCGGGCGUGGAGCGUGGUGGGACGGCUCCCAGAGCCCACUUUCUGGCACGGCAGCGUCAGCAUUUUCCGACAGUUCAUGCCCCAGACGCCCUUGGGGGGCCGUGGCUUUGAGCCGGACAGUGGCAGCAGUGACAUGGGUGUGGGCCGGCCCCGGCCGCCACAGAACCCCGCCGAGCUGCACUAGCCCCGGCCCGGCCCGGGGAGGGCCUUGGUGCAGGUAACCCAGCACCUCAGGGGGUAGCACCCCCAUCCUUCGUGCACCGGGACAGGUUGGCUGGAGCGUGGGCUCAGGGGCUGCCGAGCGAGCGAGCGAGCAAGCCUCAGGAUCUGACAGCUGGAGAGUCUCCGUGCGUGUGAGUCACAGCUGCUGGGGCCAAGGCCCGUUGUGAAUGCCGCUCCCUUGGUCCAGGAAGAGCUGCCUCCGCCACCACGUCUCUGGUUCCAGUAAGUCACCCCCACUGCAGGCCCACCUCACCAAUGAAGGCACGUGCACCUCCUGCAGCCACCACCUGUGCCUACUUGCUCCCCCCUUGGGAGAGGAGGGCCACUUCUGGGUAUGAGUGGAGGAGCAGGGGUCCUUCCAGGAGAGUGUGAGAGUGGCCUCCCUGCAGGCCCUGCUGUCCCAGAGCAUCGAGAAUCAGGCAGACAAUGGCUGCAGUGGGGUCCCACCCUCCAUGGCCAGUGCUGGACACCCAGCGAGCCAGCUCCCCAGAUGCAGGGGGUCUGCCUGACCAGCUCCUCGGCCCUGCUGGGGUCUUGCACCAAAACACUCCUUGUGGGUACGCCUCCUGGAGGUGAGCUCAGACCUAGGGGCACAGGGCAGUGGGAAUGGACUGGCGUGUGGCCUUGAAGGGGGCCCAGAGAGACCUGCUGAGUUUCUGUCUCCAGUGGACCUGGGCCGACGCAGGUGCUGGGGGUCCCUGUCCACACACCCACCAGUUGGUGUAGCCCCACCUGGCUUGGGGGCCUCCGGGCCCUUCGUCCCAGGCCAGUUCGGCAGAGGACGAAAGUGCAAGGUCAUAGCUCCUCACUGGGAGGCCCUGGGACUUUGUCGCUGAAGCCCAGCCAGGCAGACAGCUGCAGGCGCCCUUGCCCUUGCGGCCUGUGAGCGGAGGAUCCUGUUGCUUCUCAAGGAAGCCCGGGGUGGGGCAGCCUCAGCAGGUGGUCACAAGCUUUCAAACACAGUUGGCCCUUCCUUAGAAGGGGGGCAGGCAGCUAGAAACGGGGUCCGGUUGGUUUGAUCUUUAACCUCUCCCCGUCCCAUUGCCGAAGCUUUCUGCAGGGUGGGAGGGUGUCUUAAG